AUGUAUCUUACACUUAAAAAAAGGCAACAACAGGCGUAAACGACUGUCCAACGUAAAAAGGGUCGUACUUCUUACUUCCUUACUCUAAUCGACUUCCAGCUUGUAAGCAUGGCCUUCUCGUUUUGGCUUGCUCGUUUGCGUUUGCUUUCUUGUUCGAAGAAAUCUGCGGUCCCCAAUGCUUCCCGUCAGUCUUCUUACCUUUACAAAUUUCAGUUCAGUGGCUCUCAAAGGAACGUGCCAUCCACCACAGCUGAAAAAACCAAAACCCAGUUUUUUUCAUGGUCAAGCUCUUUGCUUCCUUUGGCUCUUGCUGUUUCAGCUGGGUCCCUCGCUUUUCAAGCCCAGAACACUCAGCCUUCUCUAUGUGAACCCACUAAUAUCGAUUCUCGGAAAGUGAGCAUUGGAGGGAAGACAAGCACAGAGUUUGUGGUGAAGGGCAUUCACAAAGAUGUUCCACAAGAGCUUAUUGAUGAAUUGAUGGCUAUCUGCCAAGAUAAUUUGACUUUGGAUUAUGAUGAAAGAUUCUACCAUGGAAAGCCACAGAACAGCUUCCACAAAGCUGUGAAUAUUCCUGAUGUGGUUGUUUUCCCUAGGUCUGAGGUGGAAGUUUCCCAGAUUGUCAAGUCUUGUGACAAAUAUAAGGUUCCUAUUGUACCAUAUGGUGGAGCUACAUCCAUUGAGGGGCACACUUUGUCUCCUAACGGAGGUGUUUGCAUUGACAUGACCUUAAUGAAGAGAGUUAAAGCCUUACAUAUUGAGGACAUGGAUGUUAUUGUUGAGCCUGGAAUUGGAUGGAUGGAACUUAAUGAAUACUUGGAGCCUUACGGUCUAUUCUUUCCUCUUGAUCCAGGGCCCGGUGCAACAAUAGGGGGAAUGUGUGCAACACGUUGCUCUGGAUCUUUAGCUGUGAGGUAUGGCACAAUGCGUGACAAUGUCAUCAGUCUCAAGGUAGUCCUUGCCAAUGGAGAUAUUGUCAAGACGGCGUCUCGUGCUCGAAAGAGCGCUGCUGGGUAUGAUUUGACUCGCUUGAUGAUUGGAAGUGAGGGAACCCUGGGUGUGAUAACGGAAGUCACUUUACGGCUUCAGAAAAUUCCAGAGCAUUCAGUGGUUGCAAUGUGCAACUUCCCUACAAUUAAGGAUGCAGCAGAUGUUGCUAUUGCCACUAUGUUGUCUGGUAUACAGGUGUCAAGGGUAGAAUUAUUGGAUGAGGUCCAAGUAAGGGCUGUCAAUAUUGCUAAUGGGAAGAAUUUGCCUGAAGUUCCAACUCUGAUGUUUGAAUUUAUAGGCACUGAGGCAUACUCUCUUGAGCAAACUAAAAUUGUUCAAAGAAUUGUUUCCGAGCACAAUGGCUCAGAUUUUGUUUUUGCGGAAGAUCCCCAAGCUAAAAAGGAACUUUGGAAGAUCAGGAAGGAAGCACUAUGGGCAUGCUUUGCAAUGGAACCUAAUUUUGAAGCAAUGAUUUCUGAUGUUUGUGUUCCUCUAUCACACCUUGCGGAAUUAAUAUCAAGGUCCAAGCAAGAGUUGGAUGCAUCAUCACUGGUUUGUACAGUUAUUGCCCAUGCUGGUGAUGGGAACUUUCACACGGUUAUUCUCUUUGAUCCUAACCAAGAAGAGCAGAGGAGGGAAGCUGAAAGGCUAAACCAAUUUAUGGUUUAUACAGCUUUGUCAAUGGAAGGAACAUGCACUGGUGAACAUGGUGUUGGCACAGGGAAAAUGAAGUAUCUUGAAAAGGAGCUUGGAAUAGAAGCUUUGAAGACAAUGAAAAGAAUCAAAGAAGCUUUAGAUCCUAACAAUAUCAUGAAUCCAGGAAAGCUAAUUCCUCCUCAUGUUUGUUUCUAGGAGCACUCUCCAUCUGCUAAUCCUUUGCUCUUGGUGGAAUAGACAUGCACCCCAUGCAGUGGCUGUUCUGUUAAUCAUGCUGAAGUUGCUAUUCCUCUUUGUUCCAACUCAAGCCUCAGUCUCUAUUGGCAGAAUAUGAGUGAGCAGUGAUGUUGCUGUCAUCCUCGUUUUGUUUGCAAUACACCCCUGGCUACCUGCUGAUGUCUGGAAUGAAAUAAAACCCUCCCUGUAAACUAACAAUAAAUUAGCAUGAAAAAUAAUAAGAUUUCCAUUCCAAGAUAGA